AUGGCCACUAAAGAUGGGGCUGCUGGACAGGCCCUUGGUCCUGUCCUCGCCGCAGUCGCUACCAUGUCAGGAAACGUCUCGCGAACGGAGAAGACGCACGCCCAUGAGUUCCUCGAGAAGUUCCAGAAAUCAAUCGAAGCAUGGAAUAUCACACACGAAAUGCUACAGUCUGCGGAUGUCCCUGUCGAAGCCAAGUUGUUCGCAGCGACAACGUUGAAAGGAAAGAUUAUUUUCGAUCUGGACCAGUUGCCCGCGGACUCAAUACUGGCGCUCCGAGACUCUGUCCUAAACCUGCUUGUGGCCUACGCUGCAGGUCCCCGACCGAUUCAGACUCAGCUUUGCGUUUGCCUAGCGAGUCUCGCCAUUCAGAUGCUGGAAUGGAAAGAUGUCUUGCCCACGGUUGGAACGGUACUGGGCAGCAGCGCGGGGGAUUGUGUGUUAGAGUUUCUCAAGAUUCUCCCAGAAGAAGUGACGGAAGGUCGCAAAAUCAAUCUCAGUGAAGAUGAUCUCAUAUCCAGGACGAAAGAACUCUUGGAAGACAACGCCGAACAGGUUAUGCAUCUCCUGAUUCAAUAUGCCCAGUCAUCCCGUAUGUCCACUGCGUCCACCAAUCCUCGCCUCUUGGACUGUAUCACAUCAUGGAUGCGUGAAAUUCCGGCGUCGAAGAUCGUUGACUCCCCUCUGAUGGAUGUGAUCUUGAAGGCCCUAGAUGACGACAGAUCGUUCGAGUCCGCGGUAGACAGCAUGUGCACUUUGUAUAGAGAUACCCGGGAAGUUGAUGAGUCACUGCCCAUUAUCCAGGCCUUGUACCCGCGCUUAAUGUCCCUCCGUCCGAAGAUUGCCGAGUUUGCUCAAGCGGAAGACACGGAUGCUUUCAGGGGUGUCACGAGGCUCUUCGCGGAGGCUGGCGAGGCCUGGGUGGUCUUGAUGGCGCGUCUCCCGUCGGAAUUCCGUGGACUGGUUGAGGCAGUCCUCGAAUGUUGUGCCCGAGACUGGGAGCGUGACGCCAUCUCUCUCACCUUUGUCUUCUGGUACGAGUUGAAACAGUACGUGACGUUGGAUAGAUAUACAGAUUCUCGGGUUGUCUUCAGCGACGUUUUCUCCAGCCUGGUGGAUAUUAUGGUCAAACACUUGGAAUACCCACAGCCGGAGGACGGCGAGACCGACCUUUUUGGCGGCGAUCGGGAACAAGAGGAGAAAUUCCGCCACUUCCGCCAUGCCAUGGGAGACGUUCUCAAGGAUUGCUGUGCUGUUAUUGGAGUCAAUGAGUGCUUGACUAAAUCUUAUCAGCUAAUUCAGCAAUGGGUCUCCAAAUAUGCCUCCCAGUCCACUGACGAGCACGUUCCUAAUUGGCAGGAACUGGAAGCGCCGCUCUUCAGUUUAAGGGCUAUGGGCCGCAUGGUCGACCCUGAGGAGAAUGCCGUUCUCACGCAGGUCAUUCCUCUUAUUGUGCAGAUCCCGAACCAGGAGAAGGUGCGGUUCCAGGCCAUCAUGGCCCUCGCGCGGUAUACGGAGUGGACCGCGCAGCACCCCGAAACUUUGGAAUCGCAACUGAACUAUGUCAUCUCGGGCUUCCAGCAUAGCUCCCCAGAGGUAGUUCAGGCUGCAGCCUUGGCCUUCAAAUUCUUGGGCACGGAUUGCCAGAAGUUGCUCGGCGGUCACAUUGCUCAGUUACACUCCUUCUACGAGUCCGUCCUUGACAAGCUGAAGCCGGCUAGCCAGGAAGAAGUAACCGAGGGUGUGGCGGCUGUGGUUGCGGUUCAGCCACUCGAGAAGAUCUAUGAGACGAUGAAGUUGUUCUGUGACCCCAUCAUGGCACGCAUCAUGAACCUAGCGAACAACGCUAAGGAUGAAGAGGGCCAGCGCGCUGUUGCUGAUCAUCUUCAGCUAAUUACGAUCUUCGUCUUGGUUGUGAACCCCUACGUGUCACUUCAAGAGGAAAACCCUGCUGUGAAGUAUUGCGGCGAGAUCCUGCCAAUCAUGACAACAAUCGUGAUGAACUUUACCUCGUCCACCCCGAUUCUAGAACGAGUAUGCCGUUGCUGGAGGAACAUGAUCAUCUCCUAUCGCACGGCUAUGACUCCGCUUCUGCCCACCCUAGCGCAGAGCCUUGCUAGCGGAUUCACCGCGUCGAAAGAAGGAUGCUUCUUGUGGGCCACUGAUGCAGUCGUGCGUGAGUUCUCAGAGGGUGCCGAGUUCGUCGAUCCCUCCACUAGUCACGCUGUCUUCCAAUUUUACGAGCAACAAGCGCUCGCAUUCCUGCGCAUUUUGGACCAGCUGCCGCCAGAAAAUCUGGCGGAUGUGAUUGAGGACUUCUAUCGUCUUUCUUCCGAUGCUGUUCGGUACUACCCUAAGGAAUGUGUCACGUCCGAGCUCUCCGUGCCGAUCUUCCGCGCAGCACGCACUGCUCUCACCCUUCAGCAGAUUGACCCUCUUAUGGCCACCCUCCAUUAUUUCCAUGAUCUGUUCAGCUUCGCCUUCGAUAAACCGACGGUGUCCGAAUUCACCACGGCGGACGGAAAUGCCUAUACGAACCCUCCCGAGAUUCGCCAGGCCGUAAAGCAGCUGAUUGCCUCGCAAGGGGAACAACUCACGCAGCAGAUUCUGACGGGUAUGAUGUUCACGUUCCCGGGCGAGUGUUUCCCCGACGCAUCAAGCGUGUUGAUGUCCCUGUUUGAACUCAUGCCCGAAGAGGCGGGGGCUUGGCUACAGGCUACGCUCCAGAUGCUCCCCGCGGGCACGAUGAAGCAGGGUGAGGCGGAGAGGCUCUUGAAUGGCGUCUUCGAAAAGGUCCGCUCGGGCGAAACGCGGAGGAUCCGGGUCCUUCUUCAAGACUUCACCAACUCAUACCGGCGACGAAACGUGGCACCUCGAGAAGGUUUGGGCAGACUGGAGGCGACCCGAUUCCGAUUUAGCGGAUAG